GACCUGCAAGAGGACAACAGCUUCAACCGUUUUUGAUUGAUUGAAACUUUUAUUAGUAGAUUGCACAUUUCAGUACAUAUUCCGUACAAUUGACCACUAAAUGGUAAGACCCGAAUAAGUUUUUCAACUUGUUUAAGUCGGGGUCCACGUAAUCAAUUCAUGGUAAAACCCACUUUUAAAGUGGAAAUGACAUCAUGAAUUUGAUUUUAUUCUUUCUUCUGGCUGUGCAAAUACACAGUGUGGAGUCCGUGAAUCACACACUGGAGCAUAUCCUAAUGAUGACUUUUCAAAAUUCAAAGGUCAAAGAGUAUUUUGAAGAUGGUAAACUGGAUGGAACCAAAAUUUACUACUACGGCAGCGACAACAGCAGAAAAGUAGAACCGGCACAGAACUGGACGAGAAAAAUCACAGCAGAGGAUCCUCAGUACUGGCAGAGAGAGACCGAGAAGUCUGCUGCUCAUGAGCAGUUCUUCACAAACAGAUUUGAAACCCUUUUGAAAAGUUUCAAAGCAACAGACGAUAUCUACUAUGCUCUGUGGUAUUCUGGAUGUAAAUGGAAUGAUGAGACUGAUGAGGUCAGAGGUUGGUAUUAUGAAGACAUGGAAGGACAAACCACACCGUCAGAGUUGAGGAAGUGGACCGCAGCAAAAGAACAAGUGGAUCACACCAACCUGAUCUGGGGCGAUAACAAAGCUCCACCAGACACCUUCAAGUUCUACACUGAGGAGUGUCCUUCUUACUUGAAGAUGUUUGUGAGCAUCUUAAUGAGAACAGAGCUUCCAAAGGUGUCCCUACUCUGGAAGACACCAUCUUCUCUGGUCAGCUGCAACGCAACAGGUUUCUACCCCGACAAAGCCGUCAUGUUUUGGAGGAAAGACGGCGAGAAGCUGCACGAGGGCGUGGAGCACGGAGAAAUGCUCCAAAACCAAGACGGAACCUUCCAGAUGUCUGUGGACAUGGACGUGACGGCCAACAUGGAGGGCAAGUACGAAUGUGUGUUUCAGCUGACUGGCGUCAAGGAGGACAUCGUCACCAAGCUGGAGAGCAGAAGCAUCCUGAGCAACGUGAGCGGUGAAGACCUCAAAACAACCACAUCUGGUAAUAACAGCCAAGCGACUUCAUGGCCUACCACCAUCAGUAUCAGACCAGCAACCAGUGGCACUACCAGUGGCAAACAAACCGACCCAAUCUUGCAAAAUUGGACGGCUGCAACUAUGGCAGCCCAGCUACCACCGAACCCAGUCUCACCAAAUUGGACGGCAGAAACAACGGCGGUCGAACCAAUGCCCCACCCAGUCUCACCGACUUGGACGCAGGAAAAAACAGUGGCCGAACAAACAACCCACACAGUCUUACCGACUUGGACGCCUGCAACAACGGCGGCCGAGCCAGCUCCCCACCCAUUCUCACCAACGUGGAUGCCUGCAACAACGGCGGCCGAGCCAAUGCCCAACCCAGUCUCACCAUCUUGGACUCCGACAACAACAGCGGCCAAACCAACGGACAACCGAGUCUCACCAACUUGGACUCCGGCAACAACCAUGACCAAGCCAGCGCUCCACCCAGUCUCACCGAUUUCGACUGAAGCAACAUCGGCGGCCGAGCCAACGCCCCACCCAUUCUCACCGACUUAUAUGCCUGCAACAACGGCGGCCGAGCCAAUUCCCAACCCAGUCUCACCAACUUGGACUCCGGCAACAACGGCGGCCGAACCAACGGACAACCGAGUCUCACCAACUUGGACUCCGGCAACAACCAUGACCAAGCCAGCGCUCCACCCAGUCUCACCGAUUUCGACUGCAGCAGCAUCGGCGGCUGAGCCAACGCCCCACCCAUUCUCACCGACUUGGAUGCCUGCAACAACGGCGGCCGAGCAAAUGCCCAACCCAGUCUCACCAACUUGGACUCCGGCAACAACGGCGGCCGAGCAAAUGCCCAACCCCGUAUCACCGGCUUGGAUUACGGCAACAAUGGUGGCCGAGCCGACGCUCCACAAAGUCACACCGACGUGGACUCCGGCAACAACCGGUGUCCAAGUCACAUCGACUUGGACACCUGCAACAACGGCAGCCGAGCCAACACCCCACACAGUCUCACCGAUUUGGACGCCAGCAACAACAGCAGCUGAAACAACGCCCCACCCAGUGUUACCGUCUUGGACGCCUGCAACAACAGCGACUGAGCCAACAUCCAACCUAGCCUCCUUAAAUUGGACUCUGGAAACAACGGCGGCCGAGCCAACGCCCCACCCAAUUUCACCGACUUGGACGCCGGCAACAAGGGCGGCCGAGCAAACACACCACCCAGUCACACCGACUUGGACUCCGGCAACAACGGCACCCAAGCUAACGCCCGACCCAUUCUCACCGACUUGGAUUCCUGCAACAAUGGCAGCCGAGCCAAUGCCCAACCCAGUCUCACCAACUUGGACUCCAGUAACAAUGGCGGUCAAGAAAAUGGACAACCCAGUAUCACCGACUUGUACUCCGGCAACAACAGUGCACGAGCCAAUGCCCAACCCAGUCUCACCAACUCGGACUCCAGUAACAACGGCGGCCAAGAAAAUGGACAACACAGUAUCACCAACUUGGACUCCGGCAACAACCAUGGCCAAGCCAACACCCCACCCGGUCACACCGACUUGGACACCGGCAACAACGCCGGCCGAGCCAAUGCUCCACCCAGUCUCACCGACUUGGACUGCAGAAACAUCAGCGACCGAGCCAAUGCCCGACCCAUUCUCACCGACUUGGAUGCCUGCAACAACGGUGGCCGAGCAAAUACCCAACCCAGUCUCACCAACUUGGACUCCGGCAACAACGGCGGCUGAACCAACGGACAACCCAGUCUCACCAACGUGGACUCCGGCAACAACGGCGGCCGAGCCAAUGCCCAACCCAGUCUCACCAACUUGGACUCCGGCAACAACGGCAGCCGAGCCAACGGACAACCCAGUAUCACCAACUUGGACUACGGCAACAACCAUGGCCAAGCCAGCGCUCCACCCAGUCUGGCCGACUUCAACUGCAGCAACAUCGGCGGCCGAGCCAACGCCCCACCCAUUCUCACCGACUUGGAUGCCUGCAACAACGGCGGCCGAGCCAAUGCCCAACCCAGUCUCACCAUCUUGGACUCCGGCAACAACGGCGGCUGAACCAACGGACAACCCAGUCCCUCCAAGUUGGACUCCGGCAACAACGGCGGCCGAGCCAAUGCCCAACCCAGUCUCACCAACUUGGACUCUGGCAACAACGGCAGCCGAGCCAACGGACAACCCAGUAUCACCGACUUGGACUCCGGCAACAACCGCAGCUGAGCCAACGCCCCACCCAGUCCCACCAACUUGGACGCCGGCCCAUCCGGUCACACCGACUUGGACGCCGGCAACAAUGGCGGCCGAGCCAACGCUCCACCCAGUCUUACCGACUUGGACGCCUGAAACAAUGGCAGCUGAGCCAACACCCAACCGAGUCUCACCAACUUGGACGCCUGAAACAAUGGCGGUUGAGCCAACACCCAACCGAGUCUCACCAACUUGGACUCCGGCAACAACCAUGGCCAAGCCAACACCCCACCCGGUCACACCGACUUGGACACCGGCAACAACGCCGGCCGAGCCAAUGCUCCACCCAGUCUCACCGACUUGGACUGCAGCAACAUCGUCGGCCGAGCCAAUGCCCCACCCAUUCUCACCGACUUGGAUGCCUGCAACAACGGUGGCCAAGCAAAUACCCAAUCCAGUCCCACCAACUUGGACUCCGGCAACAACGGCGGCCGAGCACAUGCUCAACCCCGUAUCACCGGCUUGGACUACGGCAACAACGGCGGCCGAGCCGACGCUCCACAAAGUCACACCGACUUGGACUACGGCAACAACCGCGCCCGAGAAAAUGCCCCACCCGGUCACAUCGACUUGGACACCUGCAACAACGGCGGCCGAGCCAACACCCCACACAGUCUCACCGAUUUGGACGCCAGCAACAACAGCAGCUGAAACAACGCCCCACCCAGUGUUACGGUCUUGGACGCCUGCAACAACAGCGGCUGAGCCAACAUCCAACCUAGUCUCCUUGACUUGGACUCCGGAAACAACGGCGGCCGAGCCAACGCCCCACCCAAUUUCACCGACUUGGACGCCGGCAAAAAGGGCGGCCGAGCAAACACACCACCCAGUCACACCGACUUGGACUCCAGCAACAACGACACACGAGCUAACGCCCGACCCAUUCUCACCGACUUGGAUUCCUGCAACAACGGCAGCCGAGCCAAUGCCCAACCCAGUCUCACCAACUUGGACUCCAGUAACAACGGCGGCCAAGAAAAUGGACAACACAGUAUCAUCGACUUGGACUCCGGCAACAACAGCGGCCGAGCCAAUGCCCAACCCACUCUCACCAACUUGGACUCCGGCAACAACGGCGGCCGAGCAAACGGACAACCCAGUAUCACCGACUUGGACUCCGGCAACAACGGCGGCCGAGCCAACGCCACUCCCAUUCUCACCUACUUGGAUGCCUGCAAUAACGGUGGCCGAGCCAAUGCCCAACCCAAUCUCACCGACAUGGACGCUGGCAACAACGACGGCCGAGCCGACGCUCCACCCAGUCACACCGACUUGGAAUGCGGCAACAACGGCGGCCGAGCCAAUGCACAACCCAGUCUCACCAACUUGGACUCCAGCAACAACGGCGGCCAAGCAAACGGACAACCCAGUAUCACCGACUUGGACUCCGGCAACAACCGCGGCCGAGCCAACGCCCCACCUGGUCUCACCAACUUGGACGCCGGCAACAACGAUGGCCGAGCCAACGCCUCACCCUUUCUCACCGACUUGGAUGCCUGCAACAUCAGCGGCCGAGCCAACGCCCCACCCUUUCUCACCGACUUGGAUGCCUGCAACAACGGCGGCCGAGCCAAUGCCCAACCCAGGCCCACCAACUUGGACUCCGGCAACAACGGCGGCCGAACCACAGGACAACCCAGUGUCACCGACUUGGACCCUGUCAACAACAGCGGCCGAGCCAAUGCCCAACCCAGUCUCACCAACUCGGACUCCGGCAACAACGGCGGCCGAGCCAACGGACAACCCAGUAUCACCGACUUGGACCCCGGCAACAACCGCAGCUGAAACAACGCCCCACCCAGUGUUACCGUCUUGGAUGCCUGCAACAACAGCGGCUGAGCCAACAUCCAACCUAGUCUCCUUGACUUGGACUCCGGAAACAACGGCGGCCGAGCCAACGCCCCACCCAAUUUCACCGACUUGGACGCCGGCAACAAGGGCGGCCGAGCAAACACACCACCCAGUCACACCGACUUGGACUCCGGCAACAACGACACACGAGCUAACGCCCGACCCAUUCUCACCGACUUUGAUUCCUGCAACAACGGCAGCCGAGCCAAUGCCCAACCCAGUCUCACCAACUUGGACUCCAGUAACAACGGCGGCCAAGAAAAUGGACAACACAGUAUCAUCGACUUGGACUCCGGCAACAACAGCGGCCGAGCCAAUGCCCAACCCACUCUCACCAACUUGGACUCCGGCAACAACGGCGGCCGAGCAAACGGACAACCCAGUAUCACCGACUUGGACUCCGGCAACAACGGCGGCCGAGCCAACGCCACUCCCAUUCUCACCGACUUGGAUGCCUGCAAUAACGGUGGCCGAGCCAAUGCCCAACCCAAUCUCACCGACAUGGACGCUGGCAACAACGACGGCCGAGCCGACACUCCACCCAGUCACACCGACUUGGAAUGCGGCAACAACGGCGGCCGAGCCAAUGCACAACCCAGUCUCACCAACUUGGACUCCAGCAACAACGGCGGCCAAGCAAACGGACAACCCAGUAUCACCGACUUGGACUCCGGCAACAACCGCGGCCGAGCCAACUCCCCACCUGGUCUCACCAACUUGGACGCCGGCAACAACGAUGGCCGAGCCAACGCCUCACCCUUUCUCACCGACUUGGAUGCCUGCAACAUCAGCGGCCGAGCCAACGCCCCACCCUUUCUCACCGACUUCGAUGCCUGCAACAACGGCGGCCGAGCCAAUGCCC